AUGCCUGUUGAAGAAACGAAACUGACCCCCGUGGCGAGCAUGGCGUCUACAACAUCGUUUGGGCCUUCAAACUCGGGGUUCCAGAUGGGUGUGAACCACGGCUCGGUCACUUACCACCUCCAUAUGCCCAUUGGAGAAAUGAAUGAGACAAACACUAGGCCUUUCCACUGUGUUAUUCCAUCCUUGUCGAACCGUCACUUUACCGGCCGUGAACCGAUGCUAGAUAAGAUUAAACAGAAGCUAUUUCUCCAAGCGACUACUGAAAAACUGGCCCUAUUCGGACUGGGUGGCAUCGGUAAAACCCAGGUUGCUCUUCAGCUUGCCCGCUGGGUGAAAGCGUAUAUACCAGACUGUUCUAUUUUCUGGGCUUCAGCUCUUAGCCUCGAAAGUUAUGAGCAGGCUUGCUCGAAAAUUGUGAAAGAGCUUAAAAUCUAUCAGAAUCCAGACAGUGAGAGUGUAAUGGAAGUAAUACACCGACAGCUGAGCUCUGAUAGAGCCGGAAAGUGGCUUUUUAUUGUCGAUAAUGCUGAUGAUAUGGACUUGCUUUCUGAUGAGCUUGAUCAGCAUUUCCCUGCUAGUAAGGGAGGCGUGACUUUGCUCACUACUCGUUCCCGCGAGGUGGCGGUAUCUUUCGCUGGAAGGGAUAUACUUGAGCUCCAGGGGAUGACAACAGAGGAAGGGAUUACUUUUUUCACCAAGAUUGUAGGAGAAGACUCACUUUCUGGGCGAGAGUCUACUAUACAAUUACUACAGGAACUUAACUUCCUACCUCUAGCUAUUGCACAGGCGGCUUACUACAUUUGUCGACAAGAUGGAACGGUCACACGGUACCUCGAACUUAUGCACAAAACCGAAAAAGACCGGAUGCGUCUAGCAAGCAGAGAGUUCCACGAUAUCACUCGCUACCGUAAAAUGCCAAACGCGGUGACUACUACAUGGCUUAUCUCCUUUAAUCAGAUUAAGGGCUCUAAUCCCUUUGCUGCUGAUUUGUUAGAAUUUAUGUCUUACUUCGAGCCGAAGGCAAUCCCACGAUCUGCUCUCCCUUCUCUCGAUUCAGAGGAAGAGAUGGAAUUUGCAAUUGGUACGCUAUGUAGCUACGGAUUUCUGACCAGAAGAGAGAAUGAGGACAUAUUUGAUAUACAUAGCCUCGUGCAGCUAUCAACACGUGUAUGGAUAAAAGAGUCACAGAAGACAAAACAAAUCAUUACAACUGUGACACGACAUAUGAACAAGUGUUUUCCAUCUAAUGAAUACACAAACCGUGAGACAUGGAGGAUGUACCUACCCCACGCCCUUGGAAUUGCUAGGAGAGAGGAAAGUAAGGAUUCAAGGGAGAGGUAUAGCUUACUAUCCAAGGUUGCAAGUUGCAUUCUAGCAGAUGGCCGAGCAAAGGAAGCUGUGACUUUUUUGGGAGAAGUGUAUAAAUGGAAUGAAAGCCAGUAUGAUGAAGAACAUCCCUCUCGACUGGCGUCUCAGCAAAUGCUCGCAGGGGCGUAUCAAUCUAACGGGCAGAUCAAGCAGGCCGUCGAGCUACUUGAGCAUGUGGUCGCGGUAGAAGGGAGAACGCUUGAUGAAGAGCAUCCCUCUCGACUGGCGUCUCAGCACGAACUCGCAGGGGUGUAUCAAUCUGACGGGCAGAUCAAGCAGGCCGUCGAGCUACUUGAGCAUGUGGUCGCGGUACAAGAGAGAACGCUUGAUGAAGGACAUCCCUCUCGACUGGCGUCUCAGCACGUACUCGCAGGGGCGUAUCAAUCUGACGGGCAGAUCAAGCAGGCUGUCGAGCUACUUGAGCACGUGGUUACGGUACGCGAGAGAACGCUUGAUGAAGAACAUCCCUCUCGACUAGCGUCUCAGCACGAACUCGCACGGGCGUAUCAAUCUGACGGGCAGAUCAAACAAGCCGUCGAGCUACUUGAGCAUGUGGUCGCGGUAAAAGGGAGAACGCUCAAUGAAGAACAUCCCUCUCGACUGGCGUCUCAGCACGAACUCGCACGGACGUAUCAAUCUAACGGGCAGAUCAAGCAGGCCGUCGAGCUACUUGAGCAUGUGGUCGCGGUAGAAGGGAGAACGCUUGAUGAAGAGCAUCCUGAUCGACUAGCGUCUCAGCAUACACUCGCAGGGGUGUAUCAAUCUGACGGGCAGAUCAAACAAGCCGUCGAGCUACUUGAGCAUGUGGUCGCGGUACGCGAGAGAACGCUUGAUGAAGAACAUCCCUCUCGACUGGCGUCUCAGCACGAACUCGCACGGACGUAUCAAUCUGACGGGCAGAUCAAGCAGGCCGUCGAGCUACUUGAGCAUGUGGUCGCGGUACAAGAGAGAACGCUUGAUGAAGGACAUCCCUCUCGACUGGCGUCUCAGCACGAACUCGCACGGGCGUAUCAAUCUGACGGGCAGAUCAAGCAGGCCGUCGAGCUACUUGAGCAUGUGGUCGCGGUACAAGAGAGAACGCUUGAUGAAGAACAUCCUGACCGACUGGCGUCUCAGCACGAACUCGCACGGGCGUAUCAAUCUAACGGGCAGAUCAAGCAGGCCGUCGAGCUACUUGAGCACGUGGUCGCGGUACAAGAGAGAACGCUUGAUGAAGAACAUCCUGACCGACUGGUGUCUCAGGAAGUCCUCGAAAAUACGAAGCAGUCAAUGGAAACUGAGAUUAUAUAG